CAGAUUAACACUAAAGCCCCACAAUGUCCUUGAAACCACGAGUAGUUGACUUUGAUGAAACAUGGAACAAACUUCUAACAACAAUUAAAGCUGUUGUUAUGUUGGAUUAUGUUGAAAGAGCAACGUGGAAUGAUCGCUUCUCAGACAUUUAUGCUUUGUGUGUGGCCUAUCCUGAACCUCUUGGAGAGAGACUUUAUACUGAGACUAAAAUUUUUUUGGAAAAUCAUGUACGCCAUUUGCACAAGAGAGUUCUAGAAGCUGAAGAACAAGUACUGGUUAUGUAUCACAGAUACUGGGAAGAGUAUAGCAAAGGGGCAGACUAUAUGGACUGUUUAUACAGGUACCUCAACACACAGUUUAUUAAGAAGAACAAAUUGACUGAAGCUGAUCUUCAGUAUGGGUAUGGAGGGGUGGAUAUGAAUGAACCAUUGAUGGAAAUAGGAGAGCUAGCUCUUGAUAUGUGGAGAAAAUUAAUGAUUGAGCCACUGCAGGCCAUCCUUAUUCGGAUGCUCCUCCGAGAAAUAAAAAAUGAUCGCUGUGGAGAAGACCCAAACCAGAAAGUAAUCCAUGGGGUUAUUAACUCCUUUGUUCAUGUUGAACAGUAUAAGAAAAAAUUCCCCCUAAAGUUUUAUCAGGAAAUUUUUGAGUGUCCUUUUCUGAAUGAAACAGGGGAGUAUUAUAAACAGGAAGCUUCAAAUUUAUUGCAAGAGUCAAAUUGCUCACAAUACAUGGAGAAGGUUUUAGGUAGAUUAAAAGAUGAAGAAAUGCGGUGUCGGAAGUACUUGCAUCCCAGCUCAUAUGGCAAAGUGAUUCAUGAAUGCCAACAGAGAAUGGUAGCGGAUCACUUGCAGUUUCUACAUGCAGAAUGUCACAAUAUUAUCAGACAAGAGAAAAGAAGUGACAUGGCAAAUAUGUAUACUCUACUUCGUGCUGUGUCAAGUGGUUUACCUCAUAUGAUUCAGGAACUACAAAACCAUAUCCAUGAUGAGGGCCUUAGAGCAACCAGCAAUCUUUCUCAGGAAAAUAUGCCAACUCAGUUUGUGGAGUCAGUUUUGGAAGUACAUAGUAAAUUUGUUCAACUCAUCAACACAGUUCUGAAUGGUGAUCAACACUUUAUGAGUGCCCUUGACAAGGCUUUGACAUCAGUAGUUAACUAUAGGGAGCCCAAGUCAAUCUGCAAAGCACCUGAGUUGCUGGCCAAGUACUGUGACAACUUGUUGAAGAAAUCAGCAAAAGGAAUGACAGAGAAUGAAGUAGAAGACAAACUUACAAGUUUCAUUACUGUUUUCAAAUACAUUGAUGACAAAGAUGUAUUCCAAAAGUUCUAUGCCAGAAUGUUGGCAAAAAGAUUAAUUCAUGGUUUGUCUAUGUCUAUGGAUUCUGAAGAAGCCAUGAUUAAUAAACUAAAGCAAGCCUGUGGUUAUGAAUUUACCAGCAAGCUCCAUCGAAUGUAUACAGACAUGAGUGUUAGUGCUGAUCUCAACAAUAAAUUCAACAACUUUAUCAAAAACCAGGACACAAUUAUAGAUUUGGGGAUUAGUUUUCAAAUAUAUGUUCUACAGGCUGGUGCAUGGCCUCUAACUCAGGCUCCUUCUUCUACAUUUGCAAUUCCUCAGGAACUGGAAAAAAGUGUACAGAUGUUUGAAUUAUUUUACAGUCAGCAUUUUAGUGGAAGGAAGCUUACUUGGUUACAUUAUCUUUGUACAGGUGAAGUAAAAAUGAAUUAUUUGUGCAAACCUUAUGUAGCCAUGGUCACAACAUACCAAAUGGCAGUGUUGCUUGCCUUCAACAACAGUGAAACUGUCAGUUACAAGGAGCUUCAGGAUAGUACACAAAUGAAUGAGAAGGAACUGACAAAAACCAUCAAAUCCUUACUUGAUGUCAAAAUGAUCAACCAUGACUCAGACAAGGAAGAUAUAGAGACAGAGUCUACGUUUUCAUUAAAUAUGAACUUCAGCAGUAAACGAACAAAAUUUAAAAUUACUACAUCAAUGCAGAAAGACACACCACAGGAGAUGGAGCAGACCAGAAGUGCUGUAGAUGAAGACAGAAAAAUGUAUCUUCAAGCUGCUAUUGUCCGUAUUAUGAAAGCACGUAAAGUGUUGCGACAUAAUGCUCUUAUUCAGGAGGUAAUUAGCCAAUCAAGAGCUAGGUUUAACCCAAGUAUCAGCAUGAUUAAGAAGUGUAUUGAAGUUCUGAUAGACAAACAGUACAUAGAGCGAAGCCAGGCCUCUGCAGACGAAUACAGUUAUGUAGCAUGAUGUUGCUGUCCUGCAGGUAUGAUUGUAAGGAGAUCAUUGCUGUCACUGUUUGGUGUGUUCCUGUGGGAAGAGGCAGGCCUGUGCCUCCAUAAUUGGUCACUUGGCAGCCCCUGUUUUUCUGCUGUUUACAACAUCACCAGUGCCAUGUCAUGAGCGUCAAUGAAAAUGCCUAUAGAUAUUUCAAGCUCAUGUCAUUAUGACAUUUCUUAAAACUUUACUAAAAGAAUGAGUGAAGUAUUGCUGAAAUGUGGAAAAUUGGUUGGGUACCAUGCUUUUUUUUUUCCUCCCCUUUCACGUUUGCAGUUGAUGUUUUUUAAUGUAUCUUAAGAGAAAGUU